AUCUUUACUCUGAGUCCGGAACGGAACCAGAGCCCCUGUUAUUCGUAUUGUUAUUCGUAUUGAGGUCUCCGAGGUCGGUGCUGCGUCACUGCCGUCCUCGCCACAUCUUGUGGUUGGUUUACGCGAGAAGAAGAAGAAGAAGGGAUGGUGAAAAUAUCGUUCACACGGCUCCAUGGCUGCCAGCAGUUCCGGCUGCGCCUCCUCCUCUCAACGCUCUCCAAUAACCCCAUCAUUAUCGACGACAUCCGGUCCGACGACUCCUCCCCUGGCCUCCGCCCGUACGAGAUAUCCCUGCUCCGCCUCCUGGAGAAGCUAUCCGACGAUUGCGUCGUUGAAAUCAAUGAAACCGGCACGAAACUCAAGUACAAGCCGGGGGUUCUUUUGGGAGGGAGGAACCUGACGCAUGACUGUGGGCCGAGCCGUUCAAUCGGCUAUUUCCUGGAGCCAUUGAUCGUGCUGGGACUCUUUGGCAAGCGAAAUCUUUCCAUCACUCUUAAAGGAAUUACAAAUGAUAAUGUUGAUCCCUGUGUUGACACUUUUAGAAUGACCACCUUGCAUAUGCUCAAGCAUUUUGGAGUGCCAUUAGAAGGAUUGGAAUUGAAAAUUAUAAGCCGAGGAUCUCCUCCCCUUGGUGGUGGAGAAGUGCAUCUACAAGUUCCAAUUGUUCAUAGCAGUUUAUCUGCAGUAAAUUGGGUUGAUGAAGGAAUGGUGAAGCGCAUUCGAGGAGUAACCUAUUCCACAAAAGUAUCUCCUCAGAUGGAAAAUCGUAUGGUUAAUUCUGCCAGGGGUAUUUUCAACCCUAUCCUUCCUGAUGUGUAUAUUUUCACGGAUCAUAAAUCAGGCCCACAAGCUGGAAGGUCUCCAGGCUAUGGCAUAUCAGUAGUUGCUGAGACUACGACUGGAUCCCUAAUAUCAGCUGAAGCAUCAGCUUGUUACUCUGGUGGAUAUGGUGUAGACACCAUUGUAGGUGAAGAAGGCAAACAUGCUCCAACACCUCCUGAGGACCUGGGAGUUCAAGCUGCAUCCCUGCUUCUGGAAGAGAUUAAGCAGGGUGGGGUGGUCGAUUCAACACACCAGGGUCUGCUGUUUCUUCUGUGUGCAUUAUGCCCACAAGAUGUUUCGAAGGUCCGGGUUGGGAAGCUCUCGCCUUAUGCAGUACAGACAUUAAGAAACAUAAGAGAUUUUCUUGGUGUCAAGUUUGUGAUCAAAGCAGACCCCACAACGAAUACUGUGGUUUUGAAAUGUGUAGGCUGCGGUUUAAAGAACCUCUCAAGGAAGAUGUCAUGAAGUGCUUGAGGAGCUUUAUUUACCGAGUUUAGGUGUUGGAUGAGCUACCGUACCCGAGGAUUUUAUCACGCUUGAGUAACGCAAGCUGUCAAACAAAUUUUGUGCCCAAUUGUAUUAAUCUUAGUUUUCCUUAAUAUUAUUUUUUUCAAUAUGAUUGAUGGCAUUUUCUUUGUGCAAAA